GUCCUUUUCGUGCUGUGUUUCAAGAUGGCGGACGAGGUUGACUUGACGAUGAGUUGUAAACAAACUUUAUCAAAUGUUUCUUCUUUCUAGUUUGAACGAGAAAAAUUGGAAAAUAGGAAAAACUUAAAUUUUGAUAACAUAACCAUGGGUCUUAGAGAUAAAAAGAUUAAAAAUGCCAAUCAAAACGAUUCAAACGGAGCGACUUGGGUCCAUCAGUCCCUCGCACAGGUCAAGAUCAAGGUGAUGAAAGGUCAUGCUGAUGAUGUCAAUUCCUGUGAAUUCUGUUUUGAUGACUCCAAGAUCGUUACGUCAUCCAAUGAUAUGACAAUCAAGUUAUGGGACACAGUGACUGGAAACCAGCUAAAAACAUAUAACGGCCAUUCAUCUUUCAUAACAAGUUGUUGCCCAGAUUCAGAAAAUAGAACGCUGGCAUCAGGAGGAUGGGACAAAAAUCUGAUUGUAUGGGAGGCAGAGACAGGACAGAUUUUGUGGAAAGCUGUUCAUGAAGGAAUCAUCACUAGUUGUCAUUUUUCCAGCGAUGGGAAGUACCUAGUGACUGGAACUGACUUGGAUUUUGCUAUCUGUAUAUGGGAUGCAAGGGAAGGCACUUUGAUCAAGAAACUCAUAAAUCACAAGAGUACAGUAACGUGUUGUCRCUUUUCACCUUUUGAGAACCGUAUUUGCUCCACAUCAAUGGACAAGACAACUAAAAUUACCGAUAUGCGCACAUUUAAGACCAGCAACAGUAACAUCACUUUACAACUUGGGGGACACAUAAAUGUGAUUUCAUCAUGCUGUUUUUCAAGUGAUGAACACCUACUGGCAACAGGAUCGUGGGACAAAAAUAUCCAGCUUUGGGACGUGGCCACAGGGGUCUACAGAACCCAGGGACCAAUGACCCUAUCAAAGGGCCAUGAGGGGUCUAUCAGUGCUUGUCAAUUCAGCAAGGAUGGGAAAACUUUGGUGUCAUCAUCAUACGACGAGACCCUUGUCAUUUGGGAUGUGGAUAACCUAUGUCAAAAGUUUGCAUUAAAAGGUCAUUCAGGAUGGGUGAAUGAUUGCAGCAUCAGUCAAGACCAGAAAUGGGUAUUAUCAUGCUCAAAGGAUAAGACAGUUCGACUGUGGAACAUAGAGUCUAGUGAUGAUAUACCAGUGGUUCUUGAACACAGGAAAAAUAUUGGACUGCGCAUCGUGCAAUGCCAGAGUUGCAGCAAGCCAUUUUCUAUUGCACAGCUAGAAGAAGCAGACAACAAUAAGUUCUGUGUAUUUUGUCGUCUGGAGCACCCUUCCAUGUACGAACCACCAGUUACUUAAUAAUAUUUGACUAACAGACACAAAGUCUUGUUGCCCAAACAGUUGCGAUCCUUCAAGAGAUUAUAAGAAUAAAGCUUGCAAUCUACUAGCUAUACA